UCUAAAGAGGAGAGAGAGUGAAAGGGGAGCGUAUCCUUGUGGACUAAAUGACGCUUUGACAUAAGCUUGGAACAAUGGUUUGUUGGUGGAGCAGUUCUGUGGAAUGCUUAGAGAGUAAGCAAACUGCAGUAGCAGCAGUUAGACGGGGAGUAAAAAAAUGCAACACUGGUUUUAUAUGAACGAGCUACCUUUAAGAUGUGGCCACAACAGUUCAGUAGAUGAUCAAAAUAAUUUUAAAAUUUUGGAGAGAAAUUAAAAAUAAUUUAUUUGCCCACCUCACACUGCCAGUGGCAAGAGCAGCCAUGCUUUAAUGUUUUCAAUCAGUCAUUUAUAUCCAUCCAUUUAUGUCGGCCUAAUCGUCCAUGUAGAUGUUUUGAUUGUUGCUUUUGAGUUAUCGUGGCAUCACAUUUUAAUACUGACAUCUGUUUUCAGAAUCAAAAUGAGCCUGGAGACGCCACAGCCGGAAUGCGAAAGGUGAAUUCUUUGGCCAUUCAUCGUCUAGCGUCACCAUGAUCAAAUGCACUGUUGCCAGGAGAAUGUAUUGCCGGGAGGUUGGAGAAGUGCUCAUUCAGAUGAUCCUGGCACAGAUUGCCAUGGUGGACCAGGCAAGUGUGCAACGGCCUUGAUUCACCAUGUGUUCACAGAGAAGAACCUCAUGGGCCACUCACUUCUCGAAAACACCACCACCAAUAGGCAAAAAGAGGCUCUUGGCCUUAUCAGGGUCAACGCUGUUAUAGGCUUUACCUGUCACAAGUUUCCUGGGACAAACAUGGCCCACAUUAAGAACACACUGGCCUCACUUCUCGCAAGGGACCUGAAGUGUCCAGAAGAGCUCAAGUCUGUGGACAGUUCAAGUGCUGUGCACUUGCAGCCCUCAACAUUUUUUAUUAUUAUGAUGUUUCUAGUCACCUGAAAAGCCCAGGUUGGAUGGUUCAGACACAAGUACUGUGUUGUGAUUAAUAAUUAAUUGCACAAGUGUUGCGCUUUGUAUUUUAGUACAUUUUACGUAAAUUUUUAAUAUAUUUCUACAAAAGAUAGUGUUUCUUGACUAUUUUAUUUCAUAGGUAUCUCGGGUCCUUUCAUGCCAACACUGUUCCAUGACGGCACACCAUUUCAAGUUUGUUUGAUAAAGUAAAAGUAGGCGCAGUGAGAAAUUUUACAGAAAAUUAAGUUUCAUACAUACACCUGAAAGUGGAAUCUGUGCUAUUGUCAGAGUGGUUCUGUUUAAGAAAAACUACAUAUUAACAUAUGAUUGUAGUAAUGGUUUAUUUUGCUAUUUCAAAACAGUAAGAAUUAAUAGGUAAAAGUUUGCUUAAAUUCAGAGUGCAACAACAGUUCUCGGCAAGGCAGCGAUGUGCUUUCUUUCAUGUACGCAUGAAAUCUGAUUUCUUGCAAAUUCUUUCAUUCUAACUUGUUUUGCAGCACUCAAAAAUUAAAACAAAUUUCCUCAUGCCAGUUCCAUUUAAGUCUUCCAGCAGGUAACUAAUGGCCACUGUCUAUCAGAUACAAACCUUAAGUAGUAAAAGUGAAUAAAUCGCUUGGUAUGUAAUGACCUGCCCAGGAACCUAGUAAUGAUGGCAGAAAAUGCAACUGGAUCGUGCAACAAGCAAUACAGCACAAUAAACUGCUGCCAUGGCACAACUUAUUGUAAUUACCAUGUCGUUUCAGAGGUAGAUAACAUUUAUUGAAAUGGGCACACAUAAUUUAACCAAUAAGUAAGAGUCUCAGUGGGCUCAUGCAAAUAGUGCCAUGAUUAUUAAGUUACUGGUUACCAAAUAGAGAAAGCAAGUACUUUUUAAAUGUUUUUUACUGUAAUGCUUAUAUAUU